AUGUUGGGUUAUGGACAAAUGUAUACUAAUAAUUUCAUGAAGGGUAUUGAGAAAGAGGUAAUCGAAUCAAAUAGUUACAACAUUAUGCAAUUUGAUAGUCAGAGGUUCUGCUUUUUGAUCCAAAAAAUAGUGAAUCAUAAUUAUGGUAGGCCGACUACCCAUUUCAACGUCGACCUCAGUAACCAUACGUGUGAGUGUGGAAGAUUUCAAACUUUCCAUGUCCCUUGCUCACAUGCAAUUGCAGCGUGUUCAAGCAUUGGACAAGACUAUUUUAUGCAUAUAGUUGAUGUGUUCAAAGUUGUUAACGUUAUUAAGGUCUACGAGGAGAGCUUUCUCAGGGUCCCUAUUGAAACAACUUGGCCGCAAUAUGAAGGUGACACUCUUUGCCACAAUGACAACAUUCAGAGGAAAAAUAAAGGUCGUCCAAAUAGUAGUCGGAUUAGAGCUGAAAUGGACAACAUUGAAAAAGAAAAAAAAAGGUGUGACAUUUGUCGCGAAAUCACACAUAUGCGCAAAAAGUGUCCAAACAAGGUUGGACCUUCUAGUUAG